CUAGCUUCAUCAUGGAAGGAGCUCAUCUGUAUACUGAGUGAUUUCAGUAUCAUCAUUCUACCAAAACCAAAUCGAAAUCAACGUACGUCAUGCCCUUCCUUCUGCACCACUAUGACACUGUUAGUACACCUGUUCUUCACGACUUGCUUGCUUCCGUGAGGGACUUUCUUCAUGGCCCUAUCAACUACUCAAGGAGCACAACAACCACCCGCUUUGAUAAUAUCGACUUUCUUUGUACCAGCAUCAGCAAGAACACCACCGCGCCUAGCUACACGACGAAAACACUCAACGUUCGCACUACUUCCUUCAACGAAACUACGGAGGCGAAGCAGGCCGCAGAACAGGCGGCCGAGCAGGCUGUCGAGGAUACCGUCGAGGAGCAAGAAAACCCCAAGGUGCCCUAUGACCCGCUCAUGUGUUCCAAUCUCACACGUCAGAUAUAGAAUAUGAAAAUCUGAUGUGAUGCAAGAAGUGCAUUAUCUAGUGUAGCCAACUCUCUUCAUAGGAUUCAGAUUCUGCACGACAAGUUCCGGAGUCCCAAACCGCAUUUUUACAACCUGGCGGAAUUUGUAUUGCAGAAAGUGGAACGCCCUGCGAGUCUCUCAUGCUCAUUAUGCAAGACAAGUAUCAGACUCUACUGUACCGCUUGAGAUUGUAACACCUGAGCGGGUUAUAUGCCCAUUGCGCAGAAGAACGCGGCACAAGUUAGGAAGGCGUUCGACGAUUUGCAGAACAAUCGGCCGGUGAACUGAUAGAACGACAAAAAAUUUGUGAAGUUGCAUUUGCUUCCUCAAGAACAGACAAGCGCAAGGGCACGCCUCACUUUGUCUCGUCCGGAAGUAGGAGC